GCCAAAACAACACACGAUGCCGCCGAAAAUUUGUCUGCUUGCGCUCAUUGGUCUGCCAGGAGCGGGCAAGUCGUCGCUCAUUAACUGGCUCCUAAGUAAGCAGCAGGAUGCUCUGCAUGAAUAUCAAAUUGUUCACCUAUGCUAUGACGACUACAUCAAUACUGAAUUAGCCUAUAGAGAGCAGCGAAUAAUUAUUAUACAAAUUUUAGAAAAACUAAUAGCUUACAUCCAAGGUGCAGCCGACUGGCCACCAGAAGUUCUCCGACCGACCAACAAUAGCAGAAGCUGUGAUUACCUCAUCUUGUGCGACGACAACUUUUACUACCGCAGCAUGCGCUAUAAGCUCUAUCAACUGUGCCGCACCUACGGUUGCAUCUAUUCGCAGAUUUACAUUGCGACCCCGUUGGCUAGCUGCCUUCAGGCGAACUCAACGCGGGGAGCAGACUGCGUGCCCGAGCUAGUUUUACGUAAAAUGAACGACCGCCUAGAGCCACCAGGUCAUGAGGCCUGGGAGUGCAGCAGCCUAACACUUCAAAAUUCAGACACUGAAUCCGUGUCACAGUUGAUUCUUACAUUCAUCCUUUCUUUAUUCCAUUUGCCCACGGCGCUGUCCCCUCUAGUCCCUUCACCCACGCAAACUCAGAUGCAGUCCCCAGCACAUUGCUUGGAUUUGGCUUUGCGGGCAGGCAUAAAGGUGCAGCUACAGACUCUGGUCGAUGCAAAAGCUAAGAAAUUGAUAAGCAUGAAACUAAAUGAGAAACGAAAAGAGAUAUUAGUACGAUUUCGGGCUAAAAUGAGCGACAAGAAGACAGAUCCAGAUAGUGUGGAUUUGAAUUACUAUGUAAAUCUGUUGAAAUAGACUAAGAUACACUAAUUUUGGUUUUACGGCACAUGAUAGAAAUAAAUGUCCUUUUUGUACUAGUA